UACGAAGAUUGUGUGAUGAUACAAAAAAAAAUAAUCAGACCAAUUAGGAUUGAGGCGAAUGAACUUCUAAAGGAAUAACGUUUCUAAUUUGUUUAAUAUACUAUUAUUUGAUUGGUUAUUUAAUAAUACAACUACAGAAAUCUACAAAAGAUGAAAUGAAUGAGGUAUGAAAAUUUAAUUGAAAAUAUUAUCACAAUAACUUUGAACUAAAUGGAACUGAUGCAUAAGUGUACGAUUUAUGUAUUUUUAAAAAUUUAAUUAUGGAAUAUAAAAUCAGUAAUAUAUCUGUAUGGGAACGUUAUAAUGACAGUGAUCUUUUAUUAUUUAAAACAUUUGCACCACAUUUAACCAUAGUAGAAAGAGCAAAUUUUCCAUUAUGGGCUAUACUUGGUUUUCCUGGAAGUAUAUUCAGUAUUAUUGUAUGGAGUAGUCGUCCAAUGAGACGUGGUGGUAGUGCUGCUGCUGCAGUUUAUCAAGCUAGUCUUGGCGUUGUGGAUUUAUGUUUUUUUAUUAUACAUUUGAAUUGGUAUUUACAUGUGGCAUGGCAACUCGGUGUACUUGAUCAUCCGGUAAUUUGUGAAACAUUCCCUGUUAUAAAUUAUUUAAUACAAUAUCUAAGUCCUACAUUGGCAUUUACAUUCACAUUAGAAAGAUAUUUAGCAAUAUGUCAUCCAUUCCGUUCACAAAGAAGUGUAAUGCGUUCCACAGUGAAAAGUGCUUUUAAAUUUAUUGCCAUAAUGUUUGCAUUUUGUUUGAUUACAGCUAGUGUUCAAGCAUUUGUAUAUGCUUAUAAUAAUGGUGUAUGUACUACUAGACCAUCAGUUGAAGAUCCUAAUUCUAUUGGAUUUAGUUUAUAUACAAAUUGGACUUUUAUCACAGAAUCAUUAUAUUUUUUCUGUUUACCAAUUACUUGUCUUGUAUUAAAUAUAUUAGUCAUUGGAGUAUUACGACAAAGCAUUAAAUCAAAACGAAAUACUUUAAUUGCAACAACAGUCAAUGGUAAUUCAAAUAUAAACUGUGAUCGUAAUCAAAUUUCACAACCGAUAAGUAAAGGAGCACGUUCAAGUACAUUGACAUUAUUAUGUACAUCAUUUUAUCUUAUUAUUGCACAUCUAUCUGUAGCAAUAGCCGUAGUAAUUCAUAAACGUUUACCAACUGGUAAUGAAUAUUUAAGUGAUGAACAAAUACGUAAUGAUCCUGGUUGGACAACUUAUUUUCGUUUCUUUACAGUACGUGUAUUAAUCGAAUGUUUUGCAAUGACACAUUAUGCUGCGAAAUUUCCAAUUUAUUUAACAACAAGUAAACAAUUUCGUUAUGAAUUUUGUAGAAUAUUUCAAUGUUUUUGCAGAAAUCAAUCUUAUUUAUUACGAGAUACUGAUGCAGAUAUUGAUCAAAAUACACAUUUACAAAAUGGUAAACGUUCAACUUUCAUAUAUAACAGUAAACAUUCAUUAAACACUGUAUGUAAAACAAGUUUUACACAAAAGAAAUUAAGAAAUUCUUCUGUAUCAUUCAAUUCUACAAAUGAAAAGUUAUCACCUACAAAAAUUCGAAGACGUCCAUCACCUGGUCUAAGUCGUACUGUAUUAGGUGUAGAUGGACAACGUGUAAAAGUUAAAUCAAGUAUUUCUAUAAGUGUUUAAUAAGUUCAAGAAUUAAACCAAAUAUUAUUAUCUACAUCAAAUGAACAACACCUACACUCCCACCACCCCCCCGCGAAAAACUUAACAAAUAUUAAAAUAUGGCUACUUUUAACUAUUCAUUUCAGUUACGACGGUGUAUUUUUUUUAUAUACGCUAUACAAAGCAUAUAAUGUAUGAAUGAAAAUUUAUUAUUUUUAUAAACAAUGUAAAAUGUCAUAAACAUUAUCUCUUUAAUAUGAACAAUUUUAUUAAUCGAUAAACAAAUAUUUGUUUAUUUAUUUAUUUGUUUUUUUCUAUAGAAACUAAUAAUCUAUGCAUUCGACAUCCAGAAAAAAAGUGUGUUCAGUGAUCUCUUAGAUACUAUACUAUACUGUUCAUUCAAAACAUUACCACUAUUAUUAUUCAUAUGAAUGACAAUAAAAAUUUAUCAUAUUUUAUUUUAUUUCAUUUCAAGUUUAAUGAAGAAUAAAUAUGAUAGAAUAUUCUAUUUGGGAAUUUAUUUAUAGUGAAAUAUGAUGUAAUGAAUUCAUAUUGUAAUGUUAAUAAAUAGAAAAUGCAUAAAUGAGUCAUAGUAAUAAUACAUUUUCUUACUAUUAAUAUUACAUUUUUGGUGGUGGUGGUGGGGGGGGCCCAGUUCCCUUCGAUAAAACACAUGUAUAACAUCAUAUGCUUGUAUCAUAAACGCUUUGCCUCAAUAACUGUUAUAUAAUGCAGAAUUAUGGUACGAUAAAAACGAUAUCUAUUCGAAUCUCAUUUACAUUGAAACAGAGUAUAAACUUUGUCUUUGAUACAUUUGCACUUUAUUGGUCUAAAUAUAUUCAUAGUUGAAUCGAGUUUAAAACAUGAAGCAUUAAUACUUCCGAUAUAUAUUCAUGAAGCAUGAGGAGUGGGUAUAUUUCAUGCUUCAUUUCGAAUAUUAUUUUAUAUGACAUCAAUCCCAUAACUGGUGAUCAUUUAAAAUUACAAUAGCCAUAACAUCAAAGUAGUGUACAUGAAGAACGUUCUGUUGAGUAAAUUUAGUUAUUUUCUUAUUUACAUAGUUCCUUAUCCGUGUUUAAAUAAGUCCAUUCAAUUGAAACGAAAUCUAAAGAGAUCAAAGUUAAUUCUAAAUAAUUUUCAUGGUAAAACAUCCCACAGGAGUGAUCAUAAAUGCUAAAUUUUAUAUUGAAAAAUCUGUACGACAAUCAUUGCGACUAGCACAAGCUUAUAAAGGCAAUUGUUGAAUUUGGCUCAGAAGCUACCUGUGUCCCAAACAGUUCGGUAAUCUGACGUUUGAAAACUAAAUAAUUAAAGUCUUGAGUUAUAGUUAUGUAUGUGAUUGACAGUACAACAAAAAUGAAGCUUUAAAAAGUCCUGGAAAAUCCCACAAAUCGAUUGUAUAUAGGGUGUUUCACGGCAAUGUUUAUUGAGGAACAGCAUGGAUAAUGUAAGUUCUUUCACUUUAGGUAUAUAAUAGAUUCAGAGUAUUUAGUUUCAGUCUCUAUGCUUUAAUUUACUUAAAAGCUUCAAGAGGUAUUUCGUGGUGUUCUAGUGAGAAGCCGUGACCAGUGGAGUUCAACCGUGUCUGUUGUGAGGCAGUAAUUGACUUAUGAUAAUGGUUGACCGUAGUGCGAUUUCGUGGAUUGGUUGAGGUUAGAAAUUAACACCACUGGAUGCCGGCUCAGUGAUCUAGAGUUUAAGCUUUCAUGCGCGAAACCGAUAGGUCCUGCGUUCAAAUCCCGCGGGCAGAAUCGUGGAUGCGCACUACUGAGGAGCUCCAUACCAGGACGAAACGGCCGAUCAGGUUUUCCAUAGAUGCUUAACUUUAAUUAACUCAUGAAUUCAACUAUUAAAUUACUAGAAUCUCCAUAAAACCUCCUUCUGAUAAAAAAC